AUGUGGAGUUCUUUGCGCAGAUUAACUCAUACCAGCGCCCCUUUGGAAAUGUGUAAAAUUUGCAUAUUGGGAGCCGAUGGUGGUAUCGGCCGACAUUUGGCUCUUAAACUAAAACUAAAUAAAAAUAUAACCGAUUUAGCAUUGUACGAUAUGGCAGACACAAAAGGCGUUCGAGAAGAUUUAUCUCAUAUUGACACCAUGACCCAAGUAUUUGCCUAUAGCGGUGAGAAAGCUUUAGUGGAAUCUUUGAAAUGCAGUAAUAUAGUGGUGGUAUUGGCGGGACAAGCUCAUUCUCCUAAAUUUAGUUCGAGAGAAGCCAUGUUUGGAGCCAAUGCUGAGCUAAUGAUUAACUUUAUGAAGGCUACUGUGGAGGCAUGUCCCCAUAGCAUGCCAUUUAUACAUAUAGUCACCAAUCCGGUGAAUGCUUUAGUGCCUUUAUGUGCAGAGUACUUAAAAGAUGUGGGUUAUUAUAAUCCUAAAAAGCUAAUAGGUUCUUCUUCGGUAGAUACUAUGCGGGCACGUACUUUUCUGGGCCAGGUAGUGGGUUGUGAUCCCUCAAAACUUAUAGUGCCUGUUGUGGGCGGACACUCUGCGGGUAGUAUUACCCCCUUGGUUUCACAAAGUAAACCCCGUUUCGAAUUGGAUAAAAAGGUUCAGCAGCAAUUAGAAGAUCGUAUAGUUCAUGGUGCCGGUGAAGUGGUUAAGGCUAAGAAAACUCAAGGCGCUGCUCAACUGGCUAUGGGUCAUUGUGUGGCGAAUUUUUGUGAUUCUAUAUGUCGUGCUAUAAAUGGUGAAAAGAAUGUAGUAGAAGUGGGUUAUGUGCCAGCAGAUGUUAAUGAGUUGGAAUUUUUUGCCUGCAAUUUUACGGUGGAUAAAGAGGGGAUUACAGAGUGUCAUCGAUUGCCUCCUAUGUCGGAAUAUGAAACCGAGUUAUUUUGUAAAGCGGUAAAGGAUGUUCAAAAUAAUAUUACUACGGCGAAAGAGUUUUACAAGAAAUAUAAAGCAGAGAAGUGUAAAUAA